AUUUGUAAAAAGGUUUCUAUCGCAUAUCACUACUAGUAAAAACAUGGAACAAGAUUCCCCACUUAAUUUCUAGAAAAGCAUUGUCGAUUUCAUGAAAUUUAAAUACGUCAAAUUUUAUCUAUAGCUUUAUCAACAUAGCGUUAUCACUAUAGGGACUGGCGAGAAUGUAACAUGUAAGAAACACUGACGUGACACUGACACAUCAAACGUGGUAUAUAGUAGGUAGACAUGAUAGAAUCGGCAAUGUAAUUUCACGAAGAUGGCAGUUGAAAUGAUACUGAUAUUGCUAUUUCAAUAAUGGUAUAUUCAACGUUCUAAGUGAAUCACCAAAUUUAGCUUCUAAUGUUGACAUGACAGUUACACAACAAAUGGAAAUUACCUGACCUCACCAAGUCCAAGUGUGUUUGAACUAAUUCGUCAAAAUUUUUGACAUUUACCUUUCAACACGGAAAAAACUUAAUCAAAAUGUCAGACUUAAUCAGAAUGCAACGAUACGAUAUUCUCAUUCAAGAAAUAGAAGGCAUAGACGAUUAUUUGGGCCCGACUUUUCGAGCAAUUUACGAUGGCCAUGAACAUCAAAAAUUUAUGGAGAAACUUGAUGAUCGCAUCAAAGCACACGAUAAAGAUAUUGAAAGAAUGUGUAAUCAUCAUUAUCAAGGUUUCAUUGAUUCAAUCAGAGAACUUUUACAAGUUCGUUCUCAAGCACAACAGCUCAAUGCUGAGAUACUUGAACUCGAUAAACGUAUCACUGCUACUUCUACCAAAGUAAUAGAGAAAGGCGAAGAGCUUGUCAAAGCACGCAAAAUAGAAAGUAAUAUGGCUGCAGCAGUAGACAGCCUCACUAUGUGUCUUCCUGUCCUAGCUGCCUAUGCAAAGUUACAGAAACAAUUAAAAGAUAAACGUUACUACCCAGCAUUGAAAACAUUGGAGCAACUGGAGCAUCAUGAUUUACCAAAAGUAACAAAUUAUAGAUUUUCUUCGCAAAUUACUCAACAAAUUCCGCAACUACGAGAAAAUAUAAAGGAUGCUUCCAUGUCUGAUUUAAGAGACUUUUUAGAAAAUAUUAGAAAAUAUUCACCAAGAAUCGGUGAAGUUGCUAUGAGACAUACACAGGAGCAACUAAUUAUCGAAGCAGAGAUCGUUGGUCGUAAAAAGAAAAGAACAAACGCUAGAAAUUCUUUGUCAAACGAAGCUGAAGAAGAAUUAAGCGCCCAAGACUUAAUGGAUUUUAGUCCAGUGUAUCGUUGUAUGCAUAUUUAUACUGUACUCCGCGAAGGGGAAACGUUUAAAGCAUAUUAUAGACAGCAAAGAAAGCAACAAGCUAGACUAGUUUUGCAGUCACCUAUUAAUAUGCAUGAGAGUAUAGCUGGCUAUCAAACUUACCUCCAAGGCAUUGUAGGUUUCUUUGUAGUGGAAGAUCAUAUUUUGAACACGGGAAAUGGUUUAGCUACGCGGUCUUAUUUGGACGAACUGUGGACCAUGGCAUUAUCUAAUAUAGUGAAUGCAUUACGCACUCAUUCUGCAUAUUGUACAGACGCAACACUUAUCUUAAAAAUCAAAAAUCUCAUAAUGCUAUUCAACACAACUUUAAGAAAUUAUGGAUAUUCUGUAGGGCAACUCUGGAACUUACUACAAGAAAUUCGAGUACAUUAUAAUGAAGUUCUAAUGCAACAUUGGGUUCAAGUGUUUAGAGAUAUUUUGGAUGAAGAUAGUUUUUUACCAAUUCAGGUCACAACGCAAGAAGAAUACGAUAAUAUUCUCGAUCUAUUUCCCUAUCACGACGAGGAAUUAGAGAAAACAGAAUUUCCGAAAAAAUUUCCAUUUUCGGAUAUGGUACCCAAAGUUUAUCAGCAAGUUAAGGAGUUCAUCUAUGCUUGCUUAAAAUUUUCAGAAGAUUUAAAUUUUACUCAAACGGAAAUAGAUGAGAUGAUCUGCAAAUCGACGAAUUUAUUAUUGACGAGAACAUUUAGCGGAUGCCUAUCAUCCUUAUUUCGAAAGCCAUCGUUGGCACUUUUACAAGUAGUUCAAAUUAUAAUAAAUACGGGUUACCUUGAAAAAUCCACCAAGUAUUUGGAAGAAUUCGUGACCAACAUUACAGGAACACCACAUGAGGGGCAGUUAAGUUGUAUGGAUGUCGAGUCAGCUAUGUUUAGAGUCGCGAGAGAUGACGCAGAAAAACAAAUUUGCGACAAGUUAACGAAUAAACUUGACGAGUUUUUGGAAUUAGAAAAUUAUGACUGGAACUUGGCGGAACCUCAAGGGCACGCGUCUGGUUUUAUUACCGAUCUCAUAGCGUUUUUGCACAGUACUUUCACUUGUUUUACCAAUUUACCUGAAGAAGUAGCACAAGUUGCUUGUAAAGCCGCUUGUUCUCAUAUAGCGAAAGCUAUAUUAGGGAUAUUAAUUAGCGAAGACGUGAAACAAAUAUCGAUGGGUGCUCUGCAACAAGUCAACUUGGAUACAAUACAAUGCGAACAAUUUGCUGCCUCGGAACCUGUAGUUGGUUUACCCGAAGGUACCUUACUGCAAUAUUUUGCAGAAUUAAGACAAUUACUAGACUUAUUUAUGAGUUGGGACUGGCCUACUUAUUUUCACGACUAUGGUCACGAAUCAAGUAAAUAUACUUUGGUAACUCCGAACAUGGCGGUACUUUUAUUAGAGAAGUUGAAAGAAUCCGAUAAAAAAACAGUGUUUUCUGUACUAAAGAAAAGUGAACGAGAUAAAAAGAAGCUUUUAGAAACUGUACUGAAACAAUUACGCCAAUUGGCGCAAACUACUCAGCAAUAAAUGCAACGGAAGUCAACAUGUAUAUACC